AUGAAACGGUUCCUUUUCGUGUUACUCGUUGUUGGAGUUACCCGGGUGUCGCAAUGGAUGAAAGAAGUCGUAGAAAAGGGGCAGUACUACAAAAAUGCGCCUGUAGAAUGCAUCCACAAUCAGACUACACCAACAGAACCGAAAACAACGGCAGAAGAAACGGCAACAGCUACAACAGCGCAGUCGCAACCAGUGGUGCCAGAAGCAGCUACAGAAGAAGAGGAAACGAAUACAAAGCCAGAACCGAAAACAACAGCAGAAGAAACGGCAACAGCUACAACACCGCAGUCGCGACCAGUGGUGCCAGAAGCAGCUACAGAAGAGAGAACGAAUACAAAACCAGAACCGAAAACAACGGCAGAAGAAACGGCAACAGCUACAACAGCGCCAGUAGUGCCAGAAGCGUGCAGAAGAAAAGGAACGAUGCCGAAACGAUAG